AUGCCCGAUCGGUCGCUGGAGCUGUACCUGGCGCAGCACUACUACUCUGGCCCCAAGUCCGAGGCCAUCCUCAAUAAAUACGGCGACGACGGCCGGAAAAAGAAGAAGAAGAAGAAGCAUACUGAAGGCGGCGAUGCACUGACCAUCAAGGACGACUCGUCGGUGUGGUUCGGCGAGGAGCAGGAAGGCGACGAGGAUGUCGCCCCCGAGGCCGUCGAAGUCAAAGAGGCGCCUGCCCCAGUCGCUACGACCAAGUCACAAGGGUGGAAGAAUGUACGCGAAGGCGAGGCUGUGCUGCCGCCGACCGAAGCGCCACCCUCCGCGCCCCGCGAAGAGCAAGAUACCCCCGCGCCCCCCCCCAUCAAGGCCGGCCUGAUGAGCGGUGCGCAGCUGCGUGCGCAGCGUGAAGCACGCGAGGCCGCCGAGCGUGCCGAGCGGGAGCGCGAAGCGGCCGAGGCGGCCGAAGCCCCCCCCCAAGAGACCGUGUACCGUGACGCGUCCGGGCGCAAGAUCGAUGUCGAGGAAGAAGAAGCGCGCAUCCGUGAGGAGCAUCUGCGUGCCGAGGCCAAGAAGAAAGAGCGUGAGCAGUGGAACCAAGGCCUGGUCCAGCGGCGCGAGCGCGAGGCGCAGCGGAGCGAGCUGGAGGCUGUGCAAAAAGAAGGUGUUGCGAGGCACGCAAACGACGCGCGUAUGAACGACGUGCUGAAAGAGCGCACGCGCUGGGACGACCCUGCGGCGGCCUUUUUGACGCGGCGCUCCGGCCCCCGUGUGACGCGGCCGCAGUACACCGGCCCACCGCCUCCCCCCAACCGCUUCGGCAUCAAGCCUGGGUACCGCUGGGACGGCGUUGACCGUGGCAAUGGCUUCGAAAGCAAGCUCUUCCUCAAGAUCAACAGCAGCCAGCGCCUCCAGAGCGAAUUUCAGGCCUGGUCCUCCGAGGAUAUGUAG